AUGUCGUCGGAUGGGGAUGUGGGCUCGGCGGACUGGGAGGAGGACGAGGGCCAGUGCGGCUCAGUUAUCGGCCGCACCAGCAGUGAGUUGAGCUUGGUUCUGGAUGCCGAGCGCCUACGUGGUGUUCCCCUGCAUUGGGCAAUCCAACGGCGGCACUGGAGGAACGUGGAAGGCGAGGUGAGGGCGACCACGGCGAAGAACUACAUCGAGUUGAGUCGUCCAGUAAAGGCACUAGACGCCUUCGUAAGCCACGAUUGGGCUUCAAGUGGUUUAAUGAAAGUCCUGUCGUUGCUGAUCAUCUACAACUCCGGUGCUGCAUUUUGCACCAGCCUCAUUGUCAGUAUCCUUAUCGGAGUCUUACGGGGCUGUGGCUGGCUGCCCAACGAGCACUGGACGGUGGUCUUCGGAUUGUCCUCCUUCUUCAUCGUCUUUGGUUUUUGGCCGCAGCUUCGGAGGCCCUUCCUUCGCCCGACCAUGGUGUUCGUAGACAGGCUGUGCAUUGCGCAGCAUGACGCCUGCUUGAAAAGGGACGGUAUCAUGGGAAUGCCAGCCUUCCUUCUGAACUCAGAGGAUCUCAUCAUCCUGUUCACAUCGAAUUACUGCAAGCGAUUAUGGUGUUGCUUCGAGAUGUGUACGUUCUUGAAGGAUGUGCCGAGGCAGAGGAAGAUGCUGUUCAUGCCCUUGAUCACAGCUCAACUCCUUUGUUUGUCUUCCGGGAUCUGGUUUCUCUUGGUCAUUGGCUGGAAUGUACUCUAUCACGAGUUCGUUUCUCCCGCGGGGGAGAUCAAGUCAGGGCAGAGCUCGCUGACAACCGGCAUGGUGCUCAAUGGCCUGAUGCUGCUGGUGGCUGCUGCAGCCGUUCUACCACUCUUCUCUCUGGGCAUCGAGCUGAUCGCGGAACUGGAUGAAGCAGUCGGGCAGCUCGCAGCAUUUUCGGUGCAGGACGCUCACUGCUUCUGCUGCUCCAACAACCACCGGCAUCCGAGCACCGGAGCGCAGCUGCCAUGUGACAGGCAGAUGAUGUACAGCAUGCUGAGCAGGUGGCAUGGCCUCGAGCGAGAAGACUUGGAGUCUGACCCUAUUCAUCUCGAGAAGUUUAAUCAAAAGAUCCGCAAAGAGCUGGCUCCACGCGUUGCAGCGAUGGCACGUGGGUUUGCCGUGCCCGGGAACUACACAUUGUACAUGGUCGGUGCGAGCAGUGUUCCAUACAUUGCAGACCCCAUCGCGACGUGGAUUGCAGCUUACAACUCUGAUGCUGGCCUUUCUGGUUAUGCUUUCUUCGUUUGGAGCUUGCGAGUGGCAACGCGCUGGGGCACAGUGGCAGUGUCCAGCCUGUUGGCGGUUAAGAUAUCCUUGCCGCUUUGGAAGCUUGGCCGCCGGAUGCGCUGGAAAGACUCGAAACAGGUCCGUUGGCUCAUCGUGCUCUUGACCUCCACUCUGGUACUCGUUUUUACCUCACUGGUCUGGGGAUCCGUUUUCUUCUCGUUGAGAAACACCGCAGACGAUCAACUGCUUCCGGUGCUUCUUCUUCUAUUCUGGUGUCUGUGCGCUUGUGGACUCCACUGUAAAUUCUCAGCCAUCACGCGCUUUCAUGGCAGUGAUGAGCAGGCAUCGCACACCCUUAGCUUUUGA